AUGGCUGCUGAUACUAGUGCUUUCAAACGUCCACCAUCGUUAUUCCGUAAUUUUGUUUCAAGAGAACCAUCAUCAACAUUUCCUGCAGAAUCCGGAAGAUACCAUCUCUAUAUAUCCUAUGCGUGUCCUUGGGCUACUAGAUGCCUUGCAUAUUUGAAGGUUAAGGGUCUUGAGAAGGUUGUCAGCUUUUCGUCAGUUAAACCUGUAUGGGGAAGAACAAAGGAGACUGAUGAUCAUAUGGGUUGGCUGUUUCCAGCAUCUAGUACAGAGGAACCGGGAGCUGAACCUGAUCACCUGAAUGGGGCAAAAUCAGCUAGGGAACUCUAUGAACUUGCUAGUGCAAAUUAUACUGGCAGAUAUAUUAUUCCUAUAUAG